UAAUUUACCCGGGGUGCAAUCGUUUCUGGAUUCACGGACUCUCCUGGUAAUAGCCUUAGCUGAACUCUUCGGCCACACUGUCGUCUGUUUCACUGCUCCUGUGGAAAAACACUUAACCAAAACAACCUGGGGGAGGUUACCAUUGAAAGAAUUGAAACUGGCGGAACCUGGAGGCAGAUUUGACACCCUCUUAGGAACAUUCUGGACAGGCUCCUCCCAGAGGCAUUUAACCCAGCUCGGCUGGUGUUGCACAAGGUGAGCUUGUGUGAUCAGCAAAUACAAGCCUGCAAGGAAGAGUCGGUGCUACUCACUGGAGGAGAGCAGAAUCUCAGCCAUGGACAUGGAGACAGUCAACUCCAUGGGCUUCGGUGAAUUUGUGGAUGUGUUUGGGAAUGUCAUUGAAAAAUGUCCUCUGGUCGCAGCUGCUGUUUGGUCCCAGCGUCCAUUCUUUGGCUCAGAAGACUUGGAAAAACACUUUUUUGAUUUUAUCGAUGCUCUUUCAAGGUCAGGCCAGGAGGGCAUCCUACGUUGUCACCCGGACCUAGCGGGCCGCGAUCUGCAGCAGGGCACGCUCACCGCCGAGUCGCUGCGGGAGCAGAGCCAAGCGGGCUUCACCAGCCUGGACGCAGACGACCGGCUGCGGCUGCAGCAGCUCAACGCGCAGUACCGCGAGCGCUUCGGUUUUCCGUUCGUGCUAGCUGUGCGCCUGAGCGACCGCGCCGCGGUGUCCCAGGAGCUAGCCCGCCGGCUGCGUUGCCAGCCCGAGUCCGAGCUGCGCACCGCCCUGGGCGAGGUGAAGAAGAUCUGCCACUUGCGCCUGGCGGAUUUGUUAGGCGCCGGUCCCGCCAGGGUGGAACUGCUGCGGGACUGGGGAUCCGAACGCCAGCAGGAUGCGCCACGGAGGGGACUUGGCGCAGCACACCCUUCUCUGGAGGUUGGCUCCGGCCUGGAAGGACAAUCCUCUCACCCACACAAAGGAAGUGGAGAAUUGAAGCAAUCACACGAGCAGUGAAGGCAUCCUUUGUGCACUCAUCCACAUGAACACGCGUCGCCAAACUAUGUCAAAAUUCUAGAGAGUUUAGCGCUUUGCCCCGGAUUUAUCCAGAUUGCUGCUUCAAUUCUCCAUUCGCCUUGCGGUCUACCGACACUACAGCUUUAGCGGAUUGAAAGCUCCCAUCCGGCUCCCCCAUUCUCUCCUGCUAAGCAGGAACAGGCAAUGCAAAAGGCACUGAAAGGGGAGUCUUGUAUUCCAUAGUGAUUUUUCUUUUCCCACUUCA